AUGACGCCUAAGUCGCUGCGAACGCUGCUCGCAUUCGCCGUGCUCACCCGCGCCCAAGCGCUCGCGCCGCCGACUGCGCCGCCGCCUUCCAUCCUGAGCAUCGGCGAGACGCUCUACGACAGCCUGCCCAACGGCGUCUUCCUCGGCGGCGCGCCGCUCAACGUCGCCGUGCACGCCGCGCAGCUCGGCGCCCACUCCGUCUACGCCUCGGCCGUCGGCGACGACGCUUUGGGCCGCGACGCGACGCGGCGCCUGGAGGCCGCGGGCGUCGACGCGUCGCUCGUGCAGACGGCCGGGGGCCUCGAGACGGGCUUCGUGUCCUGCGUCGUCGACGCCGCGGGCGACGCGACCUACACCAUCGACAGCCCCUCGGCCUGGGACGAGGUCCUCGCGACGGAUUUGGUGGUCUCCGUCGCGCGCUCGGCCGACUGCGUCGUGCACGGCUCGCUCGCGCUCCGCGGCGAGAAGACGGCGGCGACGAUCCGGGCCUGCGCCGAGGCGGCGCCGAAGCGCGUCUUCGACGUGAACCUGCGGCCCAUGCCCGACGGCGUGUCCCCGCGCGACGUCGUCGAGCCGCUGUUGGAGAACUGCUGGGUGCUGAAGAUGAACGAGGACGAGUUGGAGGAGGUCUCCGCGUGGCUCGGCGUCGGCCAGGGCGCGCCGCCGGACGACAAAUUGCUGCUCUUGCACGACCGGCUGCAGGCCGAGCACCUCGUGGUGACGCGCGCGGAGCGCGGCGCGGCGCUCGCGACGAAGGGCGGCGUCGUCGCCGCGCCCGGCGUCGCCGUGGACGUCGCGGACACGGUCGGCAGCGGCGACUCGUUCUGCGCGCGGCUCGUCGUCGGCCUCCUGCGCGGCGAGGCGCCGGAGGAGGCGCUCGCCGCCGCGACGCGCCUCGGGUCCUGGGCGUCGCUCGCCUGCCAGGGCGCGUCGGCGUCCGGCGGGAGGCCCGGGGCGGCGGCGCGGCGCGCCCGCUUCACGCGGGACGGCGCGCGGCUCGGGCCGCCGGACGGCUCGGCCUUGACGCGGCCCGCGGCGAAGAUCGUGCUCGCCGUGCCACGGAGGAACGCCGUGCAGUCCUGGGCGACGGCCGGCGGCGGCUGCGCGGACGGCGCGGGCCGCGGCGGCCAGGGCCAGGCGACGGGCUCCGGCUCGAGGGCCGGCGGCGGCGCGGCGACCGGCGGCGCCGGCGCCGGCGGUUCGACGGCCGACGGGACCACGGGCGCCGGCGCCGCCGCGGCCGGCGGGACCACGGGCGCCGGCGGGACGGCGACCAGCGGCGCCGGCGCCGGCGGGACGACGGCCGGCUCCGGCGCCGCCGCGGCCGUCGGGACCGCGAUCGGCAGAUCGGGCGUCACCGUCGCGAGCCGCGCCUGCUUCUUCGCGCGCGGCUCGAUGCGGGGCUCGUCGCUCAGCGACGCCUCGGACGGCGCCAGCGUCGCUUCGUCGAAGGCGUCGUCGCCGGGGGCCUCGCGCUUCUGCGGCGCGCGCGGCGCGCGCGGCUUCGCGCGCCUCGCGGCCGCGGCGGCCGCGGCGACCGCGCCCGUCGCGACGGGCUUCGCGAGCGUCUCGGCGAUGCGCUUGAGCACGCGGCCCGACGGCAGGCGCACGUCGACGCGCUGGCGGUGCGACCCGGCGGUGCCCUUGUCGUCGCGCAUGUACGCGUUCUUCACGACGACGCCGACCGCGCCGUUGUGCGCCGCGAGGUCGCCGCGGAGGUUCGCGAGCGUCACGCGCGCGCCGACGGCGACGCCCGUCGCGGCCGGCGCGGCCGCGGGCGCCGGCGCGGCCGGCGAGCGGCCGCGGCGCGGCCGCUCGGGCGCCGCCGCCGCCGCGGACCGGCCCGGCGUGCCCGCCGCGGGCGCCUUCUUCUUCUUCGCCGCGGGCUUCUUCGCGACCGUCGGCGGCGGCGCUUCGAGCGCGUCGGGCUUCUCCUUCGCGACGGGCUUCGCGAGGACUUCGGCGAUCCGGCGAAGAAUCUUCCCCGAGUCGAGCCGCACGUCGACGCGCUGGCAGUAG